AUGGGUUGUGUCUGUUGUUCGUUAAGUUCAUUUGUAUCGAUUGUCCUAGAUGCAUUAGAAAGAGUAUCGUUAUGCACUGUAUGUGCGAUGCUGACAUGUUGUUUGAUGAUAACGAUCAUAACUGUGAUGGUUCUAGGAAUAGGAAUCGGCUACCAUUAUUGUUUUGUCCAAAAUUCUGUUGAAGCCAUGGCAAAGGCCGCGGAAGCUGCUGGUGCUUUACGAACGGGUUCUGGGCCGGGCCGUUCCGGGCCACCCCAGGUAAUGCGCUCAGUAGACAAGGCUGUUAAACGUGGAUUCGCGCAUCGCAUUUCGAGAAGAGAAAUCCUCAAUCCGGAUAGUAACAACACUAUCAACUUUAACAGCACUGCGAACAUCACUAGUGCCAAUCAUUUUUAA